AUGGCAUACUGUCCUUUGGCUCAGCGGCACUGUACUGUGAAUUUCUGGCUACUCAGAAAAAAAAGAGAGCCGGCUGCACGCUGCACUUUGCACAAUUGGCCUGGAGCUCUGAUGGAUGGCCCGAGUGAUAGCAGUCAUCCAGGCAAAUAUGUUUCAUUUUCUGGAUCCAUUUGGUGUAAGCAGUGUAAUUCCAAACUGGCAACCUUCAGCAUUGCCAUCCAAGAGAGAGAGAGAGCAAGAGAGAGCAAAAAAGAAAGAUUGCUUGUAAAAAUCAAAAAGGCAGUCUGGUCUCUCAGAAUAUCUGUCCACAAGCAAACUCAGCUAAUUGUCCUCUAUUACAGCAGCUAUGCCAUUGUGUCUCUGCUAGCUGGAAAAUCAGAACAAGCUCCCAGCCUGCGGUUCAUUGCUCCUUAUUCCCUCGAAUGUAGAGACACUGGCUGUCAACCUCUGAAAGGAGAGUCUGACUGUCUGAAACGACUCCUCUCCAUCAAUCAAACUCGCUCUCUUGUGUCCUUGUCAUUCUUUGUUACUUUUUGGUGUCUGUCUCUCUCUCGUCUUCACUCCUGUUCAUACGCACACUGA